AUGAUGGAUCUAUGGAAUCUCACCUAUGACUCCAAGAUCAGAUAUGAAACAGCUCAGAUGAUUAAUGAGUUGGAUAGGAAAAGAAGGGAAAUGGCCGGACCGGAACAAGCGGCAAGACAGUCGAGUGAAGUGUUGGGUCAGCGGAAAUCAUUAGGAAUAUGUCCGGUGAGAGCGGCAGCGGUUGGAGCGGUGGUAAUCGGUGGACUUGGCUACAUGGUUUUGUAUAGCAAGAAGAAACCUGAAGCUUCUGCUGGUGAUGUCGCUAAAGUUAUGUCAGGCGUCUCUGCUACUCCCGAGAACACUCGUCCUCGUGACUAA